AUGGAAACAGAGAACCACACAAUGAUAGCAGAAUUUCUCAUCCUGGGUCUCUCAGAUGAUCCUAAACUGCAACCUAUUCUCUUUGGACUGUUCCUGUCAAUGUACCUUGUCACAAUACUUGGGAACCUGCUUAUCAUCUUGGCUGUCAGCUCUGACUCCCACCUUCACAACCCCAUGUACUUCUUCCUCUCCAAUCUGUCAUUUAUUGACAUCUGUUUCAUCUCAACUACAGUACCAAAGAUGCUAGUGAACAUGCAGUUACAGACAAGAGACAUCUCCUACAUAGAAUGCCUUACACAGGUUUUUUUUAAUACUUUUGCUGGAAUGGAUAGUUUUUUACUCACUUUAAUGGCCUGUGAUCGCUAUGUAGCCAUCUGCCAUCCCCUCAACUACACUGUAAUCAUGAAUCCUUGGCUGUGUGCCCUUCUUGUUCUGAUGUUUUGGAUAAUCAUGUUCUGGAUCUCCCUGAUUCAUGUUCUAUUGAUGAAUGAACUGAAUUUCUCCAGAGGCACAGAGAUUCCACAUUUCUUCUGUGAACUGGCUCAAGUUCUCAAGGUAUCCAACUCUGACACUUACAUCAAUAAUGUCUUUAUGUAUGUGGUGACUUCCCUAGUAGGAGUGGUUCCUAUGGCAGGAAUCCUAAUCUCUUACUCACAGAUUGCUUCAUCCUUGUUAAAGAUGUCUUCUACUGUGAGUAAGUACAAAGCCUUUUUCACCUGCAGUUCUCACCUCUGUGUUGUCUCUUUGUUCUAUGGGUCAGCAAUUGUACUUUACUUCAGCUCUUCUGUGCUCCAUUCUACCCACAAGAAAAUGGUUGCUUCAUUGAUGUACACUGUGAUCAGCCCCAUGCUGAACCCCUUCAUCUAUAGCUUGAGAAACAAGGAUGUGAAGAGUGCCCUUGGAGAACUUUUCAUCAAAGUUACCUCUUGCCCAUUGUGGAAAAACUUCAGAACUAAAUUCAUACUGAAAGCUGAAAGGCAAAAUUUAUGA